AUGGUGCUCUCCAGUUCCCAGCACAUCCUCCUGGCAGUGUCCCUGGCACUGUGCCUGUGCUUCCUAGUGCCCAGAAUGAUAGGAGGGGGAGGGGAGGCGGCCAAGAAAGAUCCCAGGAGGAUGGCACAUCCCUACCGCGGACACUCAGAGAGUCCUGCUAAAAGGAACAGGCAUCGGGCUGGAUCAGAAAAGGGCUUUGCUAACGCGGAUCAUAUUAAAAGUGCAAUGGAACAAGAGCUGAAGUCAGAGAGGACAGGGGAAAGUCGAAGCAUGGCAUUCGCUCUUAUGCCCCUGUAUGCCGUGGGAGUGGCACUUUUUGCAGCUUACAAAUUUACUAAAAUUAAAUCAAAUGAAAACAGUAGAUCUAAAUCACAGGAUGAAGAAGCUAAAAAGGCAAAAGAGACAGAGAAUCAGCUUAUGGAGCUAGAACAACACCUUUCACAAACCGAGCAAAUGUUAAAUUCUGUACUCAAACAACUGGACCCACUAUCCAAUUGUGUGAAUACAUUGGCUGUUGAGCAGAAAAGUGAAAUUAUGAAUCAGCUGCAAUAUAUCAGGCAGUUAAUGAAGAAAAGUGGAAUGGAUAAAGCAUCUCUUCGUAAUCCAGCUAACCAAACCUGUGAUAAUACCCUUGAAGACCUUAUUCAUUCAUUUGCGGCUCAACAGUCAGAGGUCCAUGAAAACAAUGUAGAAAGUAAAAGUGAGGAAUCGCUACUCAACACGAUGGACACAGAUGUAACUGCACACAAUCCUGUUACAGGAGAGUCAUCUUUGAAUGAUGUUUGUGAAGGAGAAGAUGGUUCUGAUGCAACCCUUUCUGAAGGGUUAAGGAAGCGCAAUGUCUAG